AUGCGCACGGUCAAAUCUCAGUCUUCACUCAUAAUCUUCCUCAGUGUUGUCUGUGCAUGCCUUCAAAGCAUCGCCCUGGCCUCACCAAUACCUGAAUCACCACUUCCUUUGUCAUCAUUUAAGACAACGACAGCAGUAGCACCAGAGGCAACACAGGAUUCUUCAUUACAAUCCUCAGCAUCAGUCCCAUCCUCUUCAAUUCCUUUCUAUACCCGAAGCACUCCACAGCGACCAUCGCCAGUAUUGCCCACUCUCCAUUUACGAUAUGAAAGCUUUUUUCGACGACGUAAAACUCUUGAUGCUAGAGCGGAGGCUGUUGAUGGCAAAGUGAGCGACCCAAGUUCCUCCGACAUGAAUGGAUAUCUGUAUGGACUUGCAGCAGAAACAGAUGUUAUCCCACCACUUCAAGCCUGGGUAGAUUACUACGCUGUCGAUGGUACUUACAUUGGCGAUGAAAACACCACUACUGGUAACUGUCUCAUCCUCUCCAUCCCAUCCUGGGGUAUCAUCAACAUCACACCCAUGAGAGGUAGGGCCUCUACAGACAAGGAUGAGCUCGUCGUUUACAAUGAUAAAGACUGUAAAAGACCAAGUCGGAGCCCAGGUUCUCGUACAGGUCUUAUUUUAUUCGCACCUUAUUUCAGAAGAAUGCCUCAAAGUAUCAGAUGGACCCGCACCUCGGUAUUACCACCGCCACCGCCACCACCUUUGGUCACCACCACAUCUUCCUCACCUCCAACCACCACUACCGCCGCUUUACCAUCUCAGCCCGUCACUACAACUCCCACCGAUACCAUUACUACCACAUUAACUUUAUCUACUCCUACUCCCUCGACAACCGAUCCAACCCGGAUCCUUCCCACUUUCCCAACGGCUCUUAUUCCUCCAAAACCACUCAGAGGGAAUGCAUGGGAGGAAGAGGGCCGUUGCCAACGUGAUCGCAACAGGGAUGGAGACCCAGACGGUUGUAAGAGCGAACAACAAGUGAAUCAAAUGUUGGUUAUCGGUAUCGUUAUUGCCAUUUUAGUGGUCGGCCUCAUGGCCGCUGGCUCCUACUAUAUCUACAGAACUUUUUACAAACCCGAGAGUCUCUCCGAGGCCUUCCGAUCAGAGACCACUAGUGCUCGUCAAGCUAAUGGGAGUGCCGAUCGAGGCUCACGUCAAAUAGACCAUAUUGAAGACCUUAUCCUUGCUCGCAAUCAAAAUAAAAACUCGAACAAGGAUAGAAAUAGUAGCCGUAAUAGUUAUAAUCCUAAUCAAAAUCAAAAUCAAAAUCAUAGAAAUAGUUAUAUUAGUAAUAGUAAUAGUAAUAGCAAAAACGGCAUCCUCAGCAAACAUUCAUUUUCAUUCUCUCGGUCUCCAACUGGAUCUGGAUCUCGAACACAGCCAUCAUUACGAAACCAAGAAUCAACAGAAUCCAUUGGAUUCAAGCAAAAUUCAUCUGAUAUUAAUUUAAUCGAAAGAACUUCGAUCAAAAAAUAA